AUGUCCAAGUCCAAAUCAAGUAUUGGUCAAAAAUUUCAAGAACUUCUAUAUUAUUUAAGUACUGAUGAUAAAUAUUCAGAAUAUGAUUCAAGAAAAUCUUUUAAUAGAAUUAAUAAACCAGAUUCAGAAAAUUUAUUAACUGUAUAUUCUCAACAUAGUACUUCAUCAUUAGAAUUAAAUAAUGUAAAUACAACUACAACAACCACAACCACAAAUUCAAAUGAACCAAAUGAUAAUCCUGAAGGUAUACAUGAAAUGAAAUUAGCAUGGAGACAUAUAAAAUCAUGGUUAUUAAAAAAUGCACCAGAUAUGAAUAGUUCAUUACUGAGUAAAUGUACAAAUUCAGAUUUAAAAGAUUUUCAAAAAGAUUUAAAUAUAAAAUUACCUAAAUGUGUUUUAGAAUUUUUUAAAAUUACUGAUGGUCAAUCGAAUUUUGGUAAUAAAUUAAAUAUUGAAACAAAUGGUUUAAUAUUUGGUUUAAAAUUAAUGUCAUUAGAUGAAAUUAUGAUUUCAACAGAAAAUUGGAGAAAAGUUGCAGAUUUUAUUCAUUUAGAAGAAAAUAAAGAAAAUCAAAAAUUAAAUGAAUUAAGUAAAUUACCAAUAAGUCAUCCAAAUUCAAAUCAAAUUAAAAAAAAAUUAAGUUUAAAUACAAGUAGUGAAUUAUCACUGACAAGUAAUUCAUUUGAUUUAUCAUUAGAAGAAAAUUCUCGUAAAACUUCAGUAUCGUCACAUGAUUCAUCAUCAUCUUCAUCAAAUAACAAUUAUAAUAAAUCGAAUAAAAACUCAAAUAUGCCAAAACAAAGAUGUUUACCACCAGGUACAGUGCAUGAAACAUUUGCUCAUCCAAUGUGGAUCCCAUUAGUUACAGAUGAAGUUGGAAAUUAUAUUGGAAUAGAUUUAUCACCUCCAAAAGGUGGAAAAUGGGGUCAAGUAAUAUUAUUCGGUAGAGAUUUUGAUUUUAAAUUUAAAAUAUCAGAUACAUGGGGUGAUUUUUUACUAAUUUUUGCAAAUGAUUUAGAAAUUGGAAAUUGGGAAAUUAAAACAAAUAAAAAAAAUAAUUAUGGUGAUUUAUUUAUUGGAAAUGAAGGAGAAUUAGUAUUUGUUGAUAAGGAAAGUAAAAUGGAAAUACCAUAUUUAGAAAUGUUAAAAAGAAGAGCUGUUAAAAAAUGGAUGAAUACUUUGGAGAAUGAAUCACUGGAUGAUAUUAAUAAAGAAUUACUACAAGAAUUAAAACAAAAUGAAGUAUCUAUACUAUCUUUAAAUAAUAAAAACUUUCAAUCAGUUGAUAGUUUUAUAAAUAAUAAUUUAAAUCUUAUAGAUAAUGUUAAACCACAGGAGAAGGUAGAGGAGAAAAUAUCCUUAAAACCUAUAUCAAGCAUAAAAACAGCACCCUCAAAGUUACCAUGUAAAAGUCCAUUAUCUCAAGAAGUAACAGAGGAAGAAAUUGAGGAAGACGCUGGAGAUGAGGAUCAAACAAUAACAAACAUUGAAAAGACUCUAGACGAAGUAGAUAUUAAAAAUUAA